CAGUUUUGUUUACCUGUAGCUACAGUUUCGCCGACGGCUGCCGUCGGCGAAACUGUAGCUACAAACAGGUAAACAAAACUGUUUCUGUGUUUAAAAAAGAACGAAAGAAUGCUUGUCAUUGUGUUUCCAAAUGUUUCUAGAAGUUUUGGCUUCUCUGCAAGCGACUUUGCUGGUAGAGUUCACAUUUCUGCUCGUUUGUGCUGUUUUGGUUUUGUUGGCUAAAGGCUCAUGCUGUUGUUUUUGUCGCAGAUGCAGAGUGCGAACAUGACCGCGAGCCACAAGAAAGCAAAGGUGCUCUGCUUGAUUGUGACGCUGAACAUCUUCAUCUGUGUCUUGAUGGGCCUGAAGUGGAAUUUUGGGACCGGACAAAGCCGUCAGCAGAAGGUUCGAAUCCCAUCCCAGAGGUUUUGGCGCCCACAGUUUCUGAGUGAAUCUUUCUGGAACAAGGAGCAGCAGCUGCUAGACGUAGUUCACAACCCAGUCAUGAACUCUGCGCUCUCCAGCAACUCCACCAGUCUGUUGCCAGGUUGGAUAAAUGACACAAAACCUCUUAACGCCUGUGAACCAGAUUACAGGGUUCCAGCCCAAAUCUCAGACUACAACACACUGCCGCAGCGGUUUCGAGACUUUCUUCUGCAGGACCUACCCCAUGCUGAUAAAUCAGCCCCACAUCUGUAAGGAAAACCCAUUUCUGCUGCUGGUGGUCAAGAGUUUAAUCCCA